AUGUCUUCACUAGAUGAGCAGGAACUCAUAUUCGAGGAUGAUAUCGCCCAGGAGGUCGAAUUCGAUAUGACUGAGAUAGAGGUGAAUCGCUUGAUACGUUCACCACUGCUUAUGCCACAAGAUCGAGAUCACAUGACUCCACAAAGUGAUGCCGCCUACUAUGGCACCUCUAUUGCUAAUGAAUUGAUGAACACCGAGGGCGAAUGGCCCUCGUAUGAUGACUACAACCGUCAGGAACGGUCACAACAGAGCUACGAUAUCCCUAGAGGGUUUUCCGGGUGCAUGCAACCAUUGUCUAGUAUUGUUGAGCAUAUGGCCGAGACUAACUACAAACUCUGGCUACACUCAAAAAACUAA